AUGAGCAUGCAAGUCGAACUUGGUUGGCGACACGCCCAGAAACGUAAACUCGACGAGGAGGAGGCCGCGCGCCGGCGGGAGCGCGAGGACAAGAGGCGGCGGCUGGCGGAGGAGUCGCGGCGAAGGCGCGAGGAGGAGGAGGCAGCCAAAGAACAGGAGCGGAGGAGGAGACUGGGUCUGCCGGAGGUGCCCUCCAGUAACGAAGAGAGUGGUAGUGGUGGUGAUGGUGGGGGGGAUGCUACGCCUGGGGAGGAGCUGUCGGCGGAUGAGGUGAGGAGUAGGUUACGGGAGCUGGGGGAGCCGGUGACGCUCUUCGGGGAGGGGGAGAAGGCGCGGUUGCGACGGUAUUGGCGGCUGGUGAACAAGGACGAUACCACGGACGGUGGUCGGGGGAGGGCGGUGCAGAAGCAGAAGCUCAAUGACGGGCCGAUUCCCACGACGCUGGAGCUGGUGCCGGAGGUGGAGAUGAAGAUCCCCGCCACGACCCCCAAGGACGAUGCAGGCAAGAAGUUCCUGUUCCGCCAGCUGGCCUCGUAUUUCACAAUGGUCCUGAAAGAGUGGGAGGCGGCGCUGGCGCAUCGCGACGUCUCCGUCAAGCAGAGUCUGCAGGGCCGCCAGGCGUACAACGCCAUGGUGCAGUCGCGCGAGAACAUGAAGCCGCUGUUCCGCAAGUUUGAGAAGGGGGAUAUCGAUGCCGGCGUGCUGGACCAUGUCGUUGAGAUUGUGCACAAGGCGCAGCUGCGGCGCUAUGUCGAUGCCAAUGAUGCGUAUCUGCGGUUGAGUAUUGGAAAAGCUGCUUGGCCUAUCGGUGUGACCAUGGUUGGUAUCCACGAGCGUUCGGCGCGUGAGAAGCUGCAUCAGGGUGACCAGCAGGCGCAUAUUCUGAGCGAUGAGAGCACGCGCAAGUAUCUCCAGAGUAUCAAGCGGUGCCUUAGCUUUGCUCAGACGCGGUGGCCGCCGGAUGACCAGCUGCAGAUUAUGGGUUGA